GGACCGGGAAGAAGAAUUCCCUUCCACCGGUCUUCUACUCCCCUGCCGCCAUGGCUGUCCGUUUCCUCUUCCCCCUUCUCCUCCUCCUCCUCCUAUGUUGCAUCCGCUUCUCGGAAUCCAAACUCUCCACCACCUAUUACCAAAAGACAUGCCCUGACUUUGAGAAUAUCAUGCGAAACACAAUAACAUCAAAACAACUCUCCAACCCCACCACUGCCGCUGCCGCCCUGCGCCUUUUCUUCCACGACUGCAUGGUUGAUGGUUGUGACGCUUCUGUUUUGAUCUCCUCCAAUGCCUUCAAUAAGGCUGAACGUGAUGCAGACCUCAACCUCUCCCUCUCAGGAGACGCGUUUGAGGUCAUUGUCCGUGCCAAAACGGCAUUGGAACUGUCAUGCCCCGGAAUUGUCUCCUGUGCUGACAUUCUUGCGGUUGCAACUCGUGACCUCGUCACCGUGGUAGGCGGACCUUUCUACAAAGUCCGCCUAGGUCGUAAAGACAGCAUGGUGUCCAAGGUCGACAGGGUGGAGGGCAAUCUCCCAAGACAAAACAUGACCAUAGACGAAAUCAUCUCUCACUUUACCACCAAGGGGUUCUCGGUGCAGGAAAUGGUGGCAUUAAUUGGUGGUGGACACACCAUCGGAUUCACUCACUGUAAAGAGUUUGCGGAUAGGCUUUACCGGUACAAUAACACUACCCCUACAGAUCCCAAACUCAAUCCGAAGUAUGCUGCCGCGUUGAAGAAGAUGUGUGAGAAUUACACAACGGAUAUUGGAAUGUCAGCAUUCAACGACGUUAUGACUCCAUCCAAAUUCGACAACAUGUAUUUCAAGAAUCUGCAGAGGGGGUUGGGGCUUCUGAUGUCCGACACUGCCAUGGUGUAUGAUGGGAAGACAAGGCCAUUGGUGGAGUUAUAUGCUGUGAACCAGACUGCAUUCUUCAAUGAUUUCUCGCAUGCAAUGGAGAAGCUCAGUGUUUAUGGGGUCAAAACAGGAAGAAAAGGAGAAGUCAGACGUAGGUGCGAUGCCUUCAACUCAAUUCAGACUUAGAUUUUGGCUUGGGGGAUAUACAUGGACUAGGGAGAGAGAUUUCCAUUUGAUGUUUGUUAAAGAUUAUGGCCAUGAUAUGCAAUUUGUUUGUAUUGUUACAGAUGUGGAGGAUGGUGCCGGUGAUAAUUAUGGUGGUUUCUGUAUGAACAUAUAUAUGAAAUAUAUCCAUAAAUUUAUA